UUGCUUUGAUAGAGCGAUUGAGGUGUGGAGGCAGUUCCACUGUGAUCUCAAUGACCUGUCCCACUGGAUAACAGAAGCUGAAGUGUUAUUAGCCGAUGCCCGUGGUCCAGAUGGCAGCCUGGAGCUGCAGACAGCUGGGCUGCAUCAGCAGGAACUUGAGGAAGGAAUCAGCAGCCAUCAGACCAGUGUUUCGGCACUGAACAGAACUGGGGAAGGGAUCAUACAGAAACUGUCUGCUACGGACGGGAGCUUCCUGCAGGAGAAGCUGGCGGGAUUGAAUAGACGCUGGAAAGCAAUCACUGUGGAGGUCAUGGAUAGACAACAGAGGCUAAAAGGAGAGAAUCAGCAGCUGAUAGAGUACAGAAAGAAGCUUGAUGAGCUGCGCUGCUGGUUGGAAAAUGUAGAAAAUGCUCUGGACACAAGAUUUACAUUCAACCAUGAAGAAAACUUGCGAGAAUUACAGGUCUUAAGUGAAGAGAUGGAAGUUCAGGGAGACAAACUGGAAUGGCUGAACAGAACUGAACCUGAAGUGCUUUUGGAUAAAAAUGUUGAUCUUCAGGAAAAAGACAAACUUUCUGAUUGCCUGCAGUCCCUCAAUGUGAGGUGGAAUAAGGUGUUCAGAGAAGUGCCUGACAGAGUGAGAGAGUUGGAGACAUUUGUUGGGCACUCUGGUGUUGUUACACAGACAAAGCCUUCUGGUGUCCAAAAGGUGGUGCUAGUAUCUUCUUCAUUUGAAAUUCCUGUUCAGACUCAGCAGGCUUUGGAACUUUCUGCACCUGGUGAUCUGGAUAAAACUACAACUGAACUGGCUGACUGGUUGGUAUUAAUUGACCAGAUGCUCAAGUCAAACAUAGUCACCGUGGGAAAUACUGAAGAGAUCAAUCGGACUAUUGCACGAAUGAAAAUAACAAAGGCAGAUUUGGACCAGCGACACCCUCAACUUGAUUCUGUUUUUACACUGGCUCAGAAUUUGAAAAAUAAAACUUCCAGUUCAGACAUUAGGACAGUGAUCACAGAAAAAUUAGAGAAGGUGAAGAACCAGUGGGACAAUACUCAACAUGGUGUGGAGGUGCGGCAGCAGCAACUGAAGUACAUGCUGACAGACAGCAUGCAGUGGGAUGAGCAGAGGCGAGAAAUGGAGCACAUCAUGGAGCAGUGUGAGAUCCGCCUGCGUAUGCUCCUGCAGGCCCCAAAAGAGAUGCUUACCAAACAGAUUUCAGAAAACAAACUGUUAGUACAGGAUUUGCAUAGAGGUGACAUCACAGUAGCUGCAUUCAACGAUCUUUCUAAUAAACUUCUUCGAGAGUAUCGUGAUGAUGACACAAGGAGGGCAAUAUCUGUCAAACCAUUUGGAAUCCCUAGCAUGCAAUUUAUUAUUUUUCAUCAAGAAGCUGUUGACAGGCAGAAUUUCUUGGAGACAGAGCUGAAGACAGUACAGGCCUCACACAAGGAUCUGGAGAGCUUCCUCAAGUGGCUUCAAGAGGCAGAGACAACAGUUAAUGUUCUAGCAGAUGCGUCCCAGCGUGAGAACACUGCUCAGGACAGUGCCUGCCUAAGGGAACUCAGAAAACAGAUACAG